AUGUCAGGCUCAAGACAUUGUGAUUCCCUGAAAUAUCCUUAAUCCUCAGUGAUUUCUCUCUCGGAAUUCGUGAGAAAUACCCCCUACCACCCCACCUCUAUGAAAAUUUGGAAACAAUGAAAUCACGCGAGUGAGUUGCCCCAUGACCACGUCAAUACGAACUGGAAGGGCCAAACAAUGACUCGUUGAAGGAAAACAUAAACAGUCCGAAUAGACUCCCAAAAGCUCGAAUGCAAGUUCUUCACCAAGAUGCCCUUUAAAUUCCACCUGAAGAAGUCCCGUCAGUACAACGUAGUCUCCAAGAACCAGUACGUAAUCUGCGUCGAGCUGCUGGACCACACCUCCGUAGAGUGCACCCUCUCCCUGGAGAGUCUCGGCCAGGAAUGCUUGGACAACGUGAUCCAGCGCCUGGGCCUCGCCCAACCCGAGUUCUUCGGACUGCAAUACAUCUGGAGGCACAGUGAUUCAGCUCUGCGAUGGAUCGAUCUGGACAAGCCCCUAAAACGCCAGCUGGAGAAGGAAGCCAAAGGUCUCACCCUGCACCUCCGUGUGAUGUACUACAUAACCGAUGUACAGCUUAUCCAGGACGAGAUGACGAGAUACCACUACUACCUCCAGUUGAAGCAUGACGUCCUGGAGGGAAGGACCCAGUGUAACGGCCGACAAGCAACACUGCUGGCCAGCUACUCCAUGCAAGCGGAGUUUGGGAACUAUGAUUCAGCAAGACACACUCUCGACUGCCUCCAGCAGUAUAAUCUCUUUCCAAAGGUUCUCCUGGAUGCUGAGGAAGGGGGGAGAGAACAGUUGCUGACGUCAGCCAUUUGUCAAUACAAGAGUCUGUCAGGUGUAACGCAGGCAGUGGCUGAAGAGUUGUACAUCUCCAUUGCGAUGCAGCUGGAGGGCUAUGGCCACGAGACUUUUGCAGCUAAAGAUGAAGGGAAUAAUCCAGUAAUUCUGGGAAUAUCCAUCAACGGCAUCAUGGUCGUCAGCCCUGGCAGCCAGACAACGCAGUUCUAUAGGUGGAAAGACAUCAGCAAUGUCAUCAAUCACAAGAAGACUUUCAGGCUAGAAUGCCAGACUGAGCAGGACGAGCCCAAGCAGUUUUUAUUCAGUGAAUCCAAGAAUGCCAAGUACAUGUGGAGACUCUGCAUCGCCCAGCACACGUUCUACAUGCAUCACCAGGAGGCGCGAACGUGCGAGAGACUGACAAGCUACUUCGAAAGUGAUGGAAAUGACUGCGAUCAAUCCACUGAGCAGGCAAACUCGGUUAACCUCGAGAGGAGGAUUCAGGAGGACAUGAGGUGGACUAGUUAUAAUGAUCUGUCAACCUCACCGUAUCCUCCUGUUUCGGUGUCGUCGACGGAGCUGACCAAUCUGCGAGCCCUGCUGCCUUCAUACAGACCUACCCCUGAUUAUGAAACUGCUGUGCAGAUGAAGUAUAACAAUGGGAAUCCCAGGGAGCCUUAUUAUGCUAAUCAGGAGACUAUUGUUGGAGCUGAACUUAAUUGCUUGAUGGGUAGUGUCGGCCAGUCCGGAGGGUAUUGAGGGGGAAUAGGUAUUUUUAGGAGUGAUUUAUUCAUUAUUGAAUUGUUUACGGAUUUUUUAAAGAAUUGAAUUUAUCUAUCCUCUCCUCCACUACACCUUUGAUAUCAACAAGAAUGAAUUAACCAAGAUCACCAGUUAAUGACUGACAAUAACCUUUUUUUCUGAAUAAAAUAUUUCAUCGUAA